CUUUUAUAGAUGGGGUAAAAUAUUAUCCAAGAACUUUCUGAAGUAAGUUUAGCCUACAUGAGAUGUGAGACGUUAUGUUGUCAUAAAGUAAUUGAGCUUGGAUAUUUAAAUAGAUGUUUGAUUGCUCUGGUCUAUGGGUGCAUCAGUUACAACAUCGAGACUGGAAUUCUCUUCCGGCCGGAAACCCCCCAAUCCUUAUCUGAACACUGUGACAACAUAGUAACCGCGCUGUAGCCUACACAUUUAUUUUCUUUAGUAAGAAACAAUAGCUUCCACGAUGAAUCCGGACAAAAUUAGCCCAUUCCCCUCUACCCUCACGGAGUCCCCGGAUCAAACGUCUCCCGAUACCGUUUUACUGCUGCGUCUGGUCGACUGCAGGAAAACACCGGGGCAGAGUGGAACUGAGAGAGGAGAAGAGAAGGAAGAUGGAGAUUUGAUUUCAUUAAGUAAGAACCAUGGGGACAGCCCAAACCGUUGCUCUCUCAGUGGGAGGGGCUUAUCAUCUGGGGAGCCUAAACAACAACGUGAUGCUGACAAGACGUCUCUCCAGAAGAGUCUCUCCAGAUCAGAACGUCUCAAUAGCUGUGAUCAGUGUGGGAAGAGCUUCAAACAAUCACAACACCUGAUUACACACCAGCGAAUACACAAAGGAGAGAAGCCUUAUAGCUGUGAUCAUUGUGGGAAGAGCUUCAAACAAUCACAACACCUGACUAGACACCAGCGCAUACACACAGGAGAGAAGCCUUAUAGCUGUGAUCAGUGUGGGAAGAGAUUUGCUGUAUCAGGAGCCCUGACUAGACACCAGCGCAUACACACAGGAGAGAAGCCUUAUAGCUGUGAUCUUUGUGGGAAGAGCUUCAAUCACUCAGGAGCCCUGACUAGACACCAACGCAUACACACAGGAGAGAAGCCUUAUAGCUGUGAUCAGUGUGGGAAGAGUUUCAGUCAAUCAGGAAUCCUGACUACACACCAGCGCAUACACACAGGAGAGAAGCCUUAUAGCUGUGAUCAGUGUGGGAAGAGCUUCAGGACGUCAGAACACCUGAUUACACACCAGCGAAUACACACAGGAGAGAAGCCUUAUAGCUGUGGUCAUUGUGGGAAGAGCUUCAAUCAAUCAGGAGACCUGACUACACACCAGCGCAUACACACAGGAGAGAAGCCUUAUAGCUGUGAUCAUUGUGGGAAGAGCUUCAAACAAUCAGGAGACCUGAUUACACACCAACACAUACACACAGGAGAGAAGCCUUAUAGCUGUGAUCAGUGUGGGAAGAGAUUUGCUGUAUCAGGAAUCCUGACUACACACCAGCGCAUACACACAGGAGAGAAGCCUUAUAGCUGUGAUCAGUGUGGGAAGAGCUUCAAUCAAUCACAACACCUGAUUACACACCAGCGCAUACACACAGGAGAGAAGCCUUAUAGCUGUGGUCAUUGUGGGAAGAGCUUCAAUCUCUCAGGAGCACUGACUAGACACCAACGCAUACACACAGGAGAGAAGCCUUAUAGCUGUGGUCAUUGUGGGAAGAGCUUCAAUCACUCAGGAGCCCUGACUACACACCAAUGUAUGCACACAGGAGAGAAGCCUUAUAGCUGUGAUCAGUGUGGGAAGGGUUUUGCUCGAAAUUUCAACCUGACUAAACACCAGCUCACACACACUGGAGAGAAACCUUACUCUUGUCUAUGUGGAAAGAGCUUUGCUCAUUCAGAGUCACUGAUAAAACACCAGAAAGCCCUUUCCUCUCUGGCACUGGUUCCAGAUCCCUAAAUAAAGUUUCAAUAGAAAACAUCUUGUAAAGAGUCAUCUAUCUCCCAUUCUCUAACAGUUUGCUAAGUCUGAUUACCAUGGUAACCUGUGUCGCAUAAUGACAUCAGACGGUAUCUUAAUGCAUGGAAGAGAUAAUUGGACCGAAAAGUGUGUGUACCUCAAACCCCCCUCUAAUUGGCUGAAGAAGGAGUGACGAAGGCGUUGAAUAUGGCCCUGUCCGAACCAUUUCUACUGAGAGGAAUGGCCGAGCCAGCAACCGGUGUACAGUAUCCGAUCUAAGCUAUCAACUGCUUUUCUCUCAUGUUUCUCUCAGGAGUGUGAGAGGAGUCCACGUGGAGUGAGCAUGGGGAAAGGUGCUGUUCUAAACUUUUCUUAUGUUGCUGGUAUAUUGGUUGACGAAUGGACAAGACAUAAUGGGCAUCUAAGGUGAAACAUUGACAUUGGGACAUUAUAAUGGGUCAUUCACUUUGAACUUUAAAGCUAUCUGAAGAGGAACGAAGAGGACACCAGAAGAAUCAGUGUCUGGAGAGAGGGGUUGGGUCAACUGUACCCAUAACUGUUUAGACUUUUGGGGUAUCAGGUUGAUUGUAGAGGUCUACACCACGUAAAAUGAUAGUCAUUUAGAUUAAGAAUGCAUUGAGAUACUGAUCUGUAGAAUAAUCAUGAUAAAAUUGUUAAUAGUAGAAAUUAUGGGAUAAUUAUACUGGAUGUUAAAAUGAAUGGACAUUCUGCUAAUAUUGAUGUGUGUUUAAAUUGAGUUGUUACUUUGAGUGAUAAGACAAAUUUCAAUCACUGAGCAAUGUCAUUUUGAAAUUUUGGUUGGAUAAUUAACUGAGUUCUAAUUAUGAUUUUAUUUGGAAAUUGAAUGAAUUUUAAAACUGAAGGAUUGAUUUGAGUUGAAUAUGUUAAUAUCUAAAUGAGUGAAGAAAUGAAUGUACUAGGGAUUGAUUGUUGUUAUGAACUAAAGAUGUUGACGCUAUUAUAAGCAUGCCAUGGUGAAUGACAUGGGUGAACUCUGAUCAGGAGAGUGUAAAUGAUCAUAAUCUAUUUGGAUCUAUAGGCAUUACCUUAUAAAUAGUGGAAUCAUGAUGUUUGUCUUGGGUCAUGUUCAUUAGGCACCAAGGAUAUACAUUUUAUUUUAACUAGGAGUCACUACCUGGAUUUGUACAACAAAAUAUGCUAAUUAGAGUUUCUGGGAUGGAAAUAGUCAUUUCCAACACACUAUGCUGAUCCAUUGGAGUGUGAUAGAUAGCUAAAGAUUAUUUUAUUAAACUCCAUUGGUGCAUGCACUGCAUUAUGCAUUCAUUAUGUGCUUUUCACUGUCUAUGGAAAAUAUAGCUUUGAAUCUCAUAAACUGUAUGCAUUUUUAGUUUUUCUUCGUGGGUUCGUGCAGGUGACUGUGUAUCAUAACCUUCCCAGACAAGUUGCUAGAGUGUUUAGUAAAUGUUGGGGGAUGGUAAUAAGAGACAGUGCUGAGUUUCUUGGGAUGUUAUGUGCAGGAACCCCAUGCAAUGAGUUAUUGUUUUGUGAUUUUUGGUUUAUGUAGAAUAUAUGUAUGUUCUAUGUGAAUGAAUGUUCUUAAAUCUGGUGAUUUUCUUUUAAGUUGAGAGGGGACACAGAGGGAUGACUGUCUUUUCUGUUGUGAUGAAGCCUGUGUUUAGACACUGGUUCUGCUGUAACGUUACUGUUCUGAUUCUCUAGAAGGGACGGAGUCCCUUGAGAGGGGAAUGUCGUGGACGAAUCAGAAUUAGUUGGGUAACAUAGAUAAUUAAGAUGUUUUAUUAGUAUAAUAUGCUUAUUUGAGGUACUUGUCAUUAGAAAUUGUCCAUUGGACUCUGGUGUCUUUUCAGUUGCACGUCUACCUUAGCUGGGGCUCAGACACUUGGGGCCCAGCAAGGGGAGAGGUCAGACUUGUCGUCAUGGGAAUGUAUCUUUACCUAUUUCUUAAACCAUGUGAAGGGAUGGCGUGAUUACUGGGGAACCAAUGACUUGUCUCCACAAUGUCUGUGAGCAAGUCACUCCCUCCUUUUGUUUAUUGUGGGGAGGUUAAUGGCAGUAUCUGGACCCUUGUAUGUCCUCUCUUAGAUCUCACACUUAUCCUGUGAUAAUAUAUGGCCUAGAGGCUCACUCCCUCCAGUGAGCCUGUCCAGGAGUAGGGUCAAGAGGGGGUUUGCUUGAGAUGGGAGUAUCUAGAGUUGACAAUUGAUAUAUGCCAUUGGAUGAAAUAGUUCUGUUCAAUACCGUACCAGGGAGGGACGGUUCUAAGGAGACCAGAUACUGGGCUAUACCAUUAAUCCUGUUGACAUAG